AUAGGUAUUGAAAGCACUUUCAUAUGACUGCAGAGAAAAGGCUUCGACAAACACGUCUCUGAAGAAGGAUUUUAGUUGCUUAUAAAAAAACAGCACAAAUGUCAACUAUCAAUGUCCGAGUCACCACGAUGGAUGCGGAGUUGGAGUUCGCCAUCCUGCCGAGCACGACUGGCAAACAGCUUUUUGACCAGGUGGUGAAGACCAUUGGGCUAAGAGAAACAUGGUUCUUCGGCCUUCAAUAUCAGGACAGCAAAGGCUUCUCCACCUGGCUCAAGAUGAACAAGAGAGUGACGGCUCAAGAUGUGAAGAAGAACAACCCCCUGUUGAUUAAGUUCAGGGCCAGGUUUUACCCAGAGGACGUAGCCGAGGAGCUGAUCCAGGAGGCAACGCAGCGCCUCUUCUUCCUGCAGGUGAAAGAGAGCAUCCUGAACGACGACAUUUAUUGUCCACCCGAGACCGCAGUGCUCCUGGCAUCGUAUGCAGUGCAGGUCAAACACGGAGACUACAGCAGAUAUUAUCACGUACCGGGAUACCUCGCCAAAGAGAAGUUGCUGCCACAGAGGGUUUUGGAGCAGCACAAGCUGAAUAACAAUCAGUGGGAGGAAAGAAUCCAGGUGUGGCAUGAAGAGCACAAGGGAAUGCUGAGGGAGGACGCAAUGUUGGAGUAUCUGAAAAUAGCCCAAGACCUGGAAAUGUACGGGAUCAACUACUUCAACAUUAAGAACAAGAAAGGGUCUGAGCUGUGGCUGGGAGUGGAUGCACUGGGGCUAAACAUCUAUGACAAGAAAGACAAGAUGACCCCAAAGAUUGGCUUCCCCUGGAGCGAGAUCCGGAACAUUUCAUUCAACGACAAGAAAUUUGUCAUCAAGCCAAUUGACAAGAAAGCCCCGGACUUUGUUUUCUAUGUACCUCGUCUGCGAAUCAACAAACGCAUCCUGGCAUUGUGCAUGGGAAAUCAUGACCUGUACAUGCGCAGACGCAAACCAGACACCAUCGAGGUGCAGCAGAUGAAGGCCCAGGCCAGAGAAGAGAAGAACAAAAGGCAAAUGGAGAGGGCCCUGCUCGAGAGUGAGAAAAAGAAGCGAGAAAACGCCGAGAAGGAAACAGAGAAGAUUGCCCGCGAGACCAUGGAGCUGAUGGAAAGAUUGAGACAGAUUGAAGAGCAGACAAAGAGAGCUCAAGAUGAGCUGGAGGAGCAGACUCGUCGAGCCCUCGAGUUGGAGAAGGAGAGAACAAUCGCCCAGGAGGAGGCAGAGCGUCUGGACAACGACCGCAGAGCUGCGGUGGAGGCGAAAGCGGCCCUGCUGCACCAUUCUGAGACCCAGAUCAAGAGCCAGGAAGGCCUGGCCACUGAGCUGGCUGAGCUUACCACUAAGAUCUCCCAGCUGGAAGAAGCCAAGAAGAAAAAGGACGAGGAGGCGCAGCAAUGGCAGAAAAGGGCCACGAUGGUAGAAGCUGAUUUGGAGCGAACCAAAGAUGAGCUGAAGACUAAACUAAUGGGUGUCCAAAUCCAGAAUUCCACCCACCCCCACAUGCACGACGAGAACGACGAGACGGACGAGAGCAGCGCCGAGGCGAGCGCCGAGCUGACCUCCCCCGGCAUGGUGCGAGAUCGCAGCGAGGAGGACAGGGUGACGGAGGCGCAGAAGAACCAGAGGCUGCAGAAGAACCUUAAGUUCCUGAGCACCGAGCUGGCCAGAGCCGUGGACGAGAGCAAGAAGACCCCCAAUGACCUGAUCCACGCCGAGAACGUGAGGGCGGGCCGUGACAAAUACAAGACCCUGCGUCAGAUUCGCCAGGGCAACACGAAGCAGCGCAUCGACGAGUUUGAGUCCAUGUGAGACAGUCGGGCUCGAAGCAGCGACGGCGCCGAGGGUGAAUUGGAAAAUUUAGACGAGUAGAAGCUGAUUAUUGUCCGAGAAAAAAAAAAAAAAUGUCCCGAUGUAACCAAAAUCAUUUAUGCCAUCUCUGCUUGAAAUAAGACGGCACAUCCUCAGCGUCCGGCCGGAGCUGGAAACUUGCAUGUUUGUCCUCUUUCGACCGACGCCCCGGACAGUCUGCUUACACACAGCUGCAGUUUCAAAGCGACCGUUCGGGAAACUUCUCCCCGUGUGGACUGACUGAAAGCGCUGGCGUUCGAGGCCAGUUGCACUUAUUCCAAGUGAACCGCUGUUUGUCUAGGAGAAUAAAAAUGCACAGGAGCGAGUGGCUCUACUCUGUUUUCUGUUCUGCUUCCAUGUGAAUGACUGAGCAUCACCUUCAAUGUGCCUAAUGAGGCACAAUGUCACCAAUUAUCACUUUUGCCAGUCAUGAGCACGACACACUGAAUUCCCAUCAUCAUCUCCCCAUCAGUGCGCUUACAGUUUUAUUACCCAGUCUUCCAAAAAUGGGUUUUUUGUUUUUUUUGUUUUUUAACAAAUCAAGCAGUUCCGUCGGCUCUUUCUUUCCUUAAUGAAUCAAAAUGCAAAGGUAUGUUAUUAGGCGAGAUUUGCUUGGAUUACCAUAAAUAACUGUUUUAACCAUCGGUGAAUUGUUCACACUUGUAAACUUGUCAUUAUUGGAAAAUAAAGAGAAUAAAGCACA